AUGCUUCUUCAUUUUGGAUCGCAACCAUUCCUUGUGAUUUCCUCUAGUGAAAUGGCUGCUGAAGUCUUAAGAACUCAUGAUCAGAAGUUGUGUUCGCGUCCUUAUUCUCAAGCCUCCAAGCGACUAUCAUUUGACUACAUGGACGCUGCCUUCUCGCCAUACAGUGAUCAUUGGAAACAUAUGCGCAAGGUUUUGGCAUCUGAGUUUUUAGGUGCUAAAAGAAGUAGAUUAUAUAAAAACGUGAUGGAGAUUGAGAUGGAGGGUGUUGUUCGUUCUCUCACAUCACAUACCUCUAGCACUAUUGUAAAUCUUGAUGAUAUGUUCUUAAGUAUAGUAAAUGAAGUCGUGUGUAAGGUUGCAUUUGGUGAUAGUUAUAGUGAAAAGAAGUUUAAUGGUAUGACAUUGAAAGAGAUAGUUGAUGAGUCCUUAGUCAUGCUUGGUGGUUCGUUUUCAGAUAUUUUUCCAACAUUUGGGCCGAUUUUGGACAGAUUAAGUGGGUGGAAUCGUAGGCUGGAGACGUGUUUUAGUCAUCUUGAUGGCUUUCUUCAAAUGGUUAUUGAUCAACAUGAAACAAAAACAAGUGAUCAGGAAAAAGAUUUCGUUGAUGACUGUACCUCUGGGUUGACUACGUAUGAAUUGAAAGCACUUUUGGUGAAUGUGAUGGAAGGAGCGCUUGACACAACGGCUAUAACCAUGGUGUGGGCAUUCUCCGAGAUUGUAAAGAAUCCAAGAGUUAUGCAAAAGUUGCAAAACGAGAUUCGAAGCAUCAUUGGGAGAAAAGCGAGUUUACAUGAAUCAGAUGUCGCCAACAUGACAUACUUGAAAAUGGUGGUGAAGGAGACGCUAAGAUUGCAUCCACCUGCUCCGUUUCUGCUGGCACGUGAAUGUGUAAGCCAUUGUCAGAUUGGUGGAUAUGAUGUUUUACCUGGUACGAGAGUCAUGGUCAGUUCAUGGGGCAUAGGAAGGGACCCACGAAACUGGAAAGAAAGUUCAACCGAGUUUUGUCCGGAGCGAUUUGAAAAUACUCCAUUGGAAUAUUUUGGAGGGUCCAGUUUUGAUAUGAUCCCAUUUGGAGGGGGAAGAAGAGGCUGCCCUGGGUAUAAUUUAGCAACUUCAACUGCAGAAUUUACUAUUGCAAACCUUCUGUACUUCUUCAAUUGGGAAACACCAAAUGGAGUGAAGAACGAAGAUCUGGACAUGGAAGAGCAAGGCUACCCGUUUCUUCGUCGGAAAACACCUCUUUGCCUUGUGCCCAUAAAGUAUAACCGGCAAGACUAG